UAGAUAAAACACAGCUGUUUAAAGUUGCAUCGUGUGACUUGGAGUAUAUUAACGGAAUUUUAGGAUAUUCCAUUACCAUCUAUACUAAGGCAAAUAAAUGCACAACCAAAUAUAUGGAUGAGCAGAUCGAGACAUUUUUGCAAUUGUUUAAAGAGGUUUUGAGAAAUUUACAGGAAAAUGAUUUGGAUAAUUUUAAGACGAUGCUAAUGAUUGCAAAAAAGCAUGAAUAUACUGAUAAUGUUGUUAAAAAUGUAGUUAAUAGAAACUGGAUUGAGAUAAUGAAGGGGGAAUACAUUUUUGACAGAUACGAGAGAGAAGUGUCUGCAAUAAAUGACAUAAAGGUCGACGAUCUAAAAAAAUGUUUUGCAAAGAAUGUAAUUGGAAGUAAUUUUAAAAAAUUAAGCAUACAUGUAGUAGGAAAUAAUCCAGGGGAAAUUGCAAUCGAAAAAGAAAAUAUUGAGAAUCCUAAGACAGAGCACUUUACUUUGGAAUAUAUAAGCGAUGGUCAGAAAAUUGGAGAUUAUCACAUUAAUGAUAUAGAAAGCUACAAGAAAUAUCUUUAUGUCUAUCCUUUCAAAACAGAGUUAACUUAUUAACAGUAACACACAUCACAGAAUGUCUUUAAAACGUUUCUUGGACAC